AUGGCUCCAGUCGCUACCUCUGAAGUUCCAGUUGAGAACGGUGUCUCGCAGUUGAAGGCUGCGCGUAAAGCGCAGGAGAACGACAACUCCAAUGCACUGUUCAACCCGUUCUAUUCGCCUGCGAUCGCCGAUGAUGGCAAGGACGACUAUCCGUACGCGCAGUACAAGCCGACCUUCCCCAAGGUUUCCUGGGCGCCUCUCGAGGAUAUUGCGGUGACAGAUAGAGCGAGCUUCGCCGAUACCGAGAAGAAGAGCUUGCUAUCGGCGGCGAAGAGCGUAACCGACCUGACUCCGGCUUUGGGCACCGAGGUCAUCGGCCUUGACUUGCGCCAACUCUCGAACUCGCAGAAAGACGAGCUUGCACUCCUCAUCGCCGAGCGUGGCGUGGUUUUCUUCAGAGACCAAGAGAUCAACAUUCAUGAGCAGCUCGACCUUGCUCGUCACUGGGGUCCCCUGCACAAGCAUGCGACGACGCCAGUGCCGCGCGAAGCCGGGCUCGAGGAAGUACACGUCGUGUAUAACGAUGCAUCUCGCCGCCCCGAUCCCUCUGCGUUCUCAAAGCUCGAGCUUUGGCACUCCGAUGUAUCAUACGAGGUCCAACCCCCGAGCACGACCUCCCUCAAGAUCCUGACCGGCCCUGAGGUCGGCGGCGACACGCUCUGGGCGUCCGGCUACGCUCUGUACUCGAACCUGAGCCCUUUCUUCCAGAAGUACUUGGAGAGCCUUUCUGCUGUCCACAGCGCCGUCGCCCAGGCCGACGGAGCGCGGGCGGCUGGACUGCCCGUGCGACGCGAGCCCAUCGAGACCGUUCACCCUGUCGUACGUGUCCACCCUGUGACAGGCUGGAAGAGCGUGUAUGUGAACCCCGGCUUCACUCGCCGCAUCGUGGGUGUCCCCCGCGCCGAGUCGGAAGCCGUUCUGUCCUUCCUAUUCCACCAGAUCGCGGAGAACACCGACGCGCAAGUACGGUUCAAGUGGCGGCCUAACUCCAUUGCGAUCUGGGAUAACCGCGUCGUUGUUCACACCGCUACCUUCGACUUCUGGCCGGCGACUCGUCAUGCGUUGCGUGCUACACCUCACGGGGAGCGUCCGACCUCGGUUGCGGAUUUCGAGCGUGAGACGGGACGCACGGCGCAGGACCGGCAGCUCGAGAUCUGGCGCAAGCAAGGCGUGGAGAUACCGGAGGUGAAGACCAACGGCGCCUCCCGCCCGAGGGGAUACAAUGACUGA